CUUGCAUGAAGAAGGGUGAAAAAGCGCCUGGAGGAGGUUAAUGGAGGCUGUUUGACAACAACUGAGAGGAGAAAGUUUUGGCGGAGAAUGUGGAGAGGAAGCAAAUGCAGGAAAGGAGCUGAGGACUAUGUAGGAAUUCCUGACUGAAGUCAUGGGUUCGGAGGCAAUGGAGGACUGCGUGCAGGGGGCGCUCUCGUCGCUUUACCCUCCCUUUGAGAGCACGGCGCCGCCCCUCCUCUCCCAGGUCUUCUCAGUCCUGGAGUCGACCUAUCAACAUGACAGUCUUCGCUACCUCUUGGACUACUUUGUUCCUGCCAAGCACCUCCUGCACAAACUCCAGCAGCACGCCUGUUCUCAGUACCUGGGCUGCCUGUUCCUUCACUCCGGCUGGCCUUUGUGUUUAGGCGAGAAAGUGGUGGUACAGCUCUCCACCCUGGACUGGAGGAUCCUGCGCAGUAAUGACUUCUACCUGCAGGUGGUGCCCUUCUCGACCCGCUGCCCAAGGCUUGCACUGAAAUGUCUGGCCCCAGGGGGACGCACCGUUCAGGAGGUCUUGGUCCCGGAGUCACAGCAUCCCCUGGUGUUCACCACUGAGUGGCUGCACAGCGUCAACAAAGAGCGAGGCCACAAGAGGGAAGUUGGAGGAGGACUUGACACCUGCCUGGUCAGUACAUGUGAUGGUGUGGUUCGACUUCCGUGGAAAGAGGUCGUCUACCCGAAAUUCGUCCACGACCCUUCCGAGGAGCUGGGCCUGAUGUCCAACCACGAGGGCUCCACAUCCGACCGCCUACCCAGUGAGGGAGGCAGCAGCCUCGGGGGCUGGGGUGGCUCGUCCUCUGGAGAGCUGGACUCCUGGUCCUGGGAUGAGGAGGAAGAUGAUGGUUUACCGCCAGAUGGCUUGGACUCUGAGUCUGGGCUUCCCCGGCGAAGGCGCAGCGAAGAUGGGCUUGGGCGGACAGCGAGGCACCCUCAGCUGGACGGGGAUUAUGUGGAGCUGCUGGAGCCCAGGUUGGGUCCUGAUGGAGGGGUCGACACAAGGCAGAGGUACCUGGAGAUGCAUGGGAUUUGUAAAACAAAGACUUUGCCUCUGUGCAGGAGAGGUAAAGCCAUCAAACUCCGGAAGGGGAGAGCUUGGGGAUAUGGGAGACUGGAAGGGUCAGGAAGCUUUCGAGCCGUCCUCGGUGCCAAAAGAGACGUAGUUUCCCCAAAAGGGGACAUUUUACCUCCUCGGCCUUUACCAGGAGUCCCUGAACCUGGCAGAGGAAGGCGGUCUUACUCCUCUUCUGUCCUCGACUCUGAUGAAGGAGAUAAAACAAGCAGAGACUCAGGGGGUCUGGAAGGCCACCGUCUUUUCUUUGACGGCCAGUUUAAAGAGAGGAGGCCCGGCGUGGGCAAAGAGAGGGACAGCAACGGCCUGCCGCAGCCGUGCAGAGACAACCACAGAGGGAAAGACUCUGAGAGCGGCGACAGUUUUGUCGCAAAUGAAAUCAACGACUUGACGAACCACAAAGCUGGGCACGUCAUAGAGGGCCACUCCGAUCACGGAUCUCAUUCGGACUCUGUUUUCGAGGAUACAGAUAAACCACUGAGCGGAGACAGCGAUGCCACAACUCCAACAUCAGAGGCACCAGAGAAACCCUUCGCUGGAGUUUUAGAAAGCGGAGAAAUGACCAACAACGGGUCUCAAAUGAAGGUGACAGACGAAAGGGAUGAUGGAAAGACGGAGGACAGGGUCUGUCCCAGAGGAAAGGAAGUAAAAACUGCAGGAUUCAGAGCACCAAGGAGGAAAAGGAAGGGAAAGGGGGCCAAAGGGAGGGCUAGGUCCGGCGGCCGCGGACACCAGAAGGGACCAAAACAGCAAGGUAAAGCUGCUCAACCGAGUCCCACCACCUGCUCUGCUCCGACAAAGCUUCCAGUCACAGAGGAGAACCAAUCAGAGCAAAGGAAAGAGGCGGACGAACCUGACGGGGUGCCACCUUCAUCUAUUGAGGGGACAGAGGACACGAGGACAAGCAGUGCAGAGAAAGAAGCCACUUCUUUGCCUGUCUGCAAUGGCCAAUCAGGCGCAUCCUUACUAAACCACUCUAAUGAGGCGUCAGCGUCAGGAGAGACAUGUCCUGAGCAGCUCAAUGGUGUUACCUCGAAAGAGCCCCCCCUGCUGAAGGAACUGGACACAGAGCUCCUCCAGUCAGGGAAGCUGAAGUUAACAGGGACAGUGGACAGGCUGGGACGUGCUCUGGUCGUCACAGAAACAGACGCAUCAGAGGAAGGCUUCUCUGAGGACGAGAUGGCCCGAGUCCUGGCCUGCUACCACAAAAUCACUCGGCCUGCAGCCAAAGAAAAAGGUCUCACGGUGUUAAUGGACAGCAGGCGCUCCCCACCCUCCGCCCGCUGCCUCUCUGCACUUAAAUCGUUCCAGGUGUUGGUUCCUGGCGGUCUUGGAUCUGUUCUGGUUCUGGUGGACGAGCAGCAGGAGUCCCUCUCUUUGAGCGUGGAAGGAGCAGAGAUCCACAUGGUGAAAGGAACCGGAGUCCUUCAGCAAUAUGUUGACAAGCAGCAGCUGCCCACAGAGCUGGACGGAGACUUCACCCACUGUCACUCAGACUGGCUCGCCUUCAGACUGAGCCUGGAGAGUCUGACAGAGCGCUGUGAGAGCGCCAUCACGCUCCUCGGAGAAGCUCUGCAGUCGAUGGACACUGAGCCGAUGCCGGACGACAUCAAGGCUGUUCCUCUCAGCAUCGACAAGCACAGACAGCUCAUGGCGAGCGUCCUGGCCGACCAGCGUUUAACCGAACCACAACAAAGGGGCGGAGCCUGGCUCGCUGGACUGACCAAUAGCGCGUCUGGACUGGCACAGAAGUCACCAGACUGCAGAGCUGCUCUCGCUGCGACCUCUAAACUCUACGACAGCGUGGACGACGCCCUCCACCGGCUCGUCCGAGUGUCCAACCAGAGAGGACGAGACCUGGAAGCUCUGGGACGACUGGCGGGGCUGGUGGACAGACUAGAGAAGUGUGAUAAGGAGAUUGAGCAAGUCCAGUCCCAGCUGGAAGACUACAAGGACCCUCCUCUAUCUCUCAGCAGACUCUCGCUCAAACAGCAGAAGUUCAAGACGUUCAGAGAAACAGCCAACGAUCUGCACAGCGAGACUCUGUCGGUGCUCAGCGAUCUGGAGGGCUGGUGCGAGCUGGACUGGGCGGGCCUGCGCCAGGUCCAGAUCCGGCUCCCUCCGGUGAGAGAGAAGCUGAGAGACAUGUCCCACUGUCUGUCUGACUGCUGGACCACCCUGGACAACACUCAGAGGCUGCUGUCCACGCUGACCGAGGCCACCCAGUGGUGCGAAGUGGUCUCCACCUCCUCCUCCUCCCCUUCUUCGUCUUCUUCCGCCUGCCCUCUGGCCUCCCUCCCUCCCAUCCCGCCAUCCCGUUUCCAGGACGCUCGCUCCUUGGCCAUAGAGCUGGGCGGCGGGCCGCUCCUGGACCUCUGGACCCAGACGGUGGAGCGCUACCAGCGGACCGUGGCGCAGGUCAAACCGCGGUUCCUGCAGCCGGACAGAGCGCAGAACCAGGGCCAGGGGAAGACGAAGACGCCGUCCGCCAGCAGCCUGUGGGACCUGAUGGGGCCGGAGGGGGAGGGAGACUGGGGGCUGGGAGCCGGAGGGGGGGAGAGCGGGCUGCAGUCCUGGGGGUCCCUGGCAUCGCUGUUCAGACCGCAGACCUGCUCCACGCUGAAGAUCGGAGAGGAGAGAGGGAAUAAGAAAGAGGGAUCGGGAGGAGGAGCAGGCGGAGCUGGAGGAGGGAAGUUCCUGCAGAACCUUCUGAAUCCGGCAAAGAAGAGCCCCACAGAGGCCUCGCUCCCCACCAAGCCCCCCAGGAAGCGCCACCCGAGCUUCGACCUGCAGGCUCUCCUGGCUCCUCGGAGAGGCGCAACCACCCCCAAACCAUUAGAGUCCCCGGUGGGCGGGCCGAGCCGCAGCUCCCCCAUGUCGUGGCUGGGGAGACGAGCCGCCGCCGACCCGGUCAUCGCCACCAGCAUGGCCGCAGCCAUCCCCGGCUGGGGCGGAGGAGGAGGUGGAGGAGUAGGAGGAGCGGGAGGAGGAGGAGGCGUGUUGAUCAGAGGGGUGGAGGUCAGCAGCAAGGAGGUGGUGGACCACACGGGGUCGCCACGGCAACACGUGCUGCUGGGGAGGACGGAGAGGGAGACCGGGACGGACCGGGCCGGGUCGACCGCUCAGAGUAAGCUCUACCUGCUCUGGUGCAGGAUGCUGAGCUCAGAGAGGCAGUACGUGGCCGUGCUGAAGGGGGUGGAGGAGACCUACCUGCCCCUGAUGGAGCUCUCCGACACCCCGAGCUCCAUCAGGGGGAAGGCAGACACGCUGUUCCCCAACUGGGCCAGCCUCAGCAGCUUCCACUCGCAGAACCUGCUCCCGGCCAUGGAGGGCGCUCUGGUGCAGAGUCUGCUGCAGCAGGACUGCUUCAGCAAAUAUCGGGAGCAGUUUCUGCAGUACUCUCACUACAUCAGGAACAAACCAGAGCUGGAUUCUCCGCUGGUCACACAGGCCGCCGACUUCUUCAAGUCCAAGCUCCCCCCAGCCUCCCCCCUGUCCCCCCUGUCCUUCCCUCACUGUCUGCAGGCUCCCACUCAGAGACUGGAGCAGUACUGCGAGGCCUUAGAGGAGCUGGGAGGCAUUAACCCCGCCUCCGACUCCGCCCUCUCCAUCCUGAGACACGCCCAGCGGCAUGGCGAGGACCUCCGGGCCAGCGACCUCAUCGUCGGAUGUCCGAUCCCGGUGGCGGAGCGUGGCGAGCUGGUGCGGCACGGUGAGCUGACGGUGUGCGGCGGCGCUCGGAGGAAGCGGGCGGGCGUCAGGAACGUUUUCCUCUACCAGCACGUCGUCAUCUUCACCAAACAGAAAAACCCAGGAACAGGACGCACAAACUACAGCCACAAACACAGCAUCAGGACCGGGGAGAUGGGUCUGACUCAGAGCGUGGGCGGAGAGGGAGUCAAGUUCGAGGUUUGGGUCCGACAGGCUCCUCGAACCAAAGACUGCAUCACGCUGCAGGCCAAGGACCGGGAGGACAAGGUGGCGUGGACCCACGACAUCGCCCAUCUGCUGUGGACACACGCCAUCAACAACACAGAGUUGUGUCUGAAGGAGUCACUCUGCAUGGGAAUUUCCAGUAAGUUGCUGCUGGACGCGACAGGAACUCCGUCAGAGCUGGACUCCAUCUACAGCCUUAAUGACAGAGUCCACAGUAGCUGCUCAGACUCCUCCUCUGUCGGCAGUCAGAAGGAGGGGGGAUCCCCGGCGUCUGGGAGGGACCCCAGGAGAAGCUCCGGAUCAACAAGUUACUCCCAGAGCCAGUCUCCCUCUACAGCUGUGUAACUGUCAUCUCAAUAAGAAAACUGGACCCUGGACUCUUUUGAGGACUUAAACAUCUCUAUUUCACCUCUGGGCGAGACAAACUGGACUUCGAGGAGCGAGAAGACAAAAGAGAGGCCCUCAGACUCUAUUUGAACUUCUCCCACAUGCAUCGCUUUCCUCCCUCUUUCCACCUCCUUAAAACAAAUAAAAUGCCAGCAGAUUAUCCGGAGCAGCGCCGCACUGCUGCCCCCUCCAUCAGCUCUGAUAUGAACCCCUGAAGUAAAAGCUGCCUCCCAAAAAAAGGAUCAAAACCGCCCUGUUUAAACCAUGACAAGCACCAGCAGGGCUCUCUGCGCUCCGCCAUUUUGGAUCUGCCAGUCUCAGUUGCUGGCAGAGUCAUUGACACCAAAGGCACUUCAGCCACACAGUGCGGCCAUUGUCUGCCCCGCGGCUCCCCACUAGGCCAAACCACUUGGUCUGAACCACUGACUGCCUGGCUGGCUGACUGUACGCAUCACAUGCUCCAGCAUCUGAUAAUAAACAGGAAGUAAUAUGCAGGGCGUAAAUCCACCGUAGGAUUGCAGAUUUAGAAUGUAUUAUGUACUUUGUCAUUUUCAUAACGCUGAAUGGAGUGCUUUUUUUCCCCUCCCUCUGCCUGUGUAGAAAUGUGCGGCAUAGGCUAGGUGUGAUUGCAUCUAUGUAAAUGAGGCAGGGGUGGUGUGAGCAUGCACACACACACACACACACACACACACACACAGUGUCCAUCAACACAUGCAGUCAUUCUUAUUGUUAUAAGACAGUGGAGCUCAUUCACAUGCUCACACUCACUCACUGUGGCCGCUCCAGAGCCUGGUACAGUGGCUAAAUCAUCAUCAGAUCACAUACAGUGAGAAUAAAAAACUAUCAUAUCUUUGUUUAAGCUAAUGUUGUAUGAACAGUGUCAAAGUCUUAAGGGCGACAUGCUAUUUAGUCUUCUUUAAAGUGUAACUUAUGUCAGCAACAUGACCUUCUUGGUGCCUUAUAAGUGUACUGAUAAUGACUUUUUACAGUAUUAUUGUUUUGUUACGUAUUCUAUAUGCCAAAGGUAUAAAAAUGGGUGUCUGUGCAAUUGUCGAUUUGUGUACAAAAGAGGUAUUGUUGUGACAUUUAUUCAGAGCUUUCCUGAUCUCUCCAUGAAAUGGAGAAAAGGUGGAUGUGUCUCAUGUGCUUUUAAUAUUCCAGUUUUACUGGUUUUUGCGCUUGUGGCCAAAAGACAUGAGCUACAUCUGAUUAUUAUUAUGAAAGAGGUAAUUAACUCGAAUCUGACACCCAGGUUGGGAAGUCAAAGACAAGAAAAUCUUCCUGCAUGAAAAUGUGGCUCCAUAAUCAGAGUUCUGCAGAAGAUUUAGGGAGCAUUCUGGUUUGCGAUUGUAGUCCAACCAAUAAAGUUUGAGUGAGAGAGUCGUAAAGCAACCUGGUGGUAGUUGUCGUCCCUUAGCUAAUACUUUUUCUGGCCCUGGCUGCAACAAACGAGUACUUUGAUAGUUGAAUAAUUAUUGAUUCCUAAAACGAUAAGUUGAGUUUUCGGAUAUUAAAUUGCAAAAUGACUUAAUGACUCUUAUUAAGCUAUCAAGCUUAUUGAAGGUUGUAGUUGUAGGUUGAUGCAGAGCUGCAGCAAUUCAGAAGCUUUAAAAGACAUUUUUAUGUCAUCAUUAAUGUGGACAGGAAAAUGCUUGAUUACUAUUGCAAUGAAUUAUAGUGGCAGCUUAAAUGAAGUGCUUUAAUCAAGUAGAUCGAUCCUCGCAACUGAACGAAUUAACAUUUAGUUGCAAUUUAGGUAAAUAGGAACAGGUUUGGAGAAGUAAUGUGCUUUAAGGUGAGGUGAGAGCAGCUUUUAACCCUCCGAUGGCAAGUCCCAAUACAACUCCAUCUGUAGCUAGCUGAGAAGCCAAUUAUCUCACCAGGACGAGUCUGCAUCAUCCACAAGCCCGUCGAGCCUUCUUUAGAAAUGUUCGUGCAUGACCGACGGGAACACGUGAUAUGCAAGGUCUGCUCUACAAAUCUUGCAGCCAAUCUUCUUAUUUGCAGGGUUUAGGGUAAAAUAUUCAAUCUAAUCCAACCUAACUUUAUUUAUAAAGCAUUUUAAAACAACCACAUCGGGCCAAAGUGCUGUACAGAGAGAUAAAUAAACAUCACAACAAAAUAAAAUGACUGACGUAGAGAAAAAACAACAACUCAGAAACUCGGCUUCAGAAAACAAUGCCAGGUCCGCACACAGCAUGAGAACAUGCUAACCGACUAAUUAUCGACAAUUAAAUUAAUUACAUUUUUAUUGUCGUUGUGUUUCCAUCAAUGAAUUUCUAUGCGCAACAGCCAAUUUAAUCAGAUACAGCACCCCCAUGCAAACUGUUUGAAAAUGUGCCUAAAAGUUUUUAUGCUCGCUUGAGGUGGUUUUUGUCUUUUUCGAAAACUAUAAUGGAAACACUUUUUCAGAAUGAGUGCUGAUGUAGUGAACAUUUAACUCACGAAUGAUAAGCUGUUUCCGCACCGACAUGAAAGAACAACUAUUGGUUGGUGGCCGAAGUUGUACGAUUAUCAACCUAUUUUUUGGUGUUGUUUUUCUCUUCUUCUUCUCCUGUUUACUGACGGAUUAGCCUUCACCAACACAUUACACUGCCAUCUUCUGACCAAAGUACGUUACUGCAGCUUUAAUUAUUUGCUCUAAACCAGUUGAUGGAAACUCACACUCUAAUUCACAUUUCUUCAAUGCAACAUUUCAAAAUUUUGCUUCAAAAUUUGCUUCGACUUCGGUUAAUGUUGACUAACCAUUGCACCCCUAUCAGAUAAUAACCAAUUAAUUCUGAGAUUGUGUAAGUGGCAUCAAUAUUUUCAUCUAACUCUUGCAAAGGAAGUGAAUAAGCAUAUUUCCCCACAACUUUUCCUUUAAGAUAUUACAACUCAAAACUAAUCUCACAGGUUAUAAAACUGACUUCCACUUGCAGACAGCCUGCUUAUUAACCUUACAGUGCUCUGUCAGACUGACUGGUGGGUGCAUUAAUAUAAACACAUGUUACAUGAGUGCUGAGAGCCAAAACAAAAGGCAUCAAUAUUUCAUAUGAUGAUGUAAUUCAUAUUGUAUGACAGCAAGCAUACAGCCAGUAAAACCAGUGAUUGGAUCAAAUGAUAUGGCGCUUAAGGUACAGUAUGAGAGCAUCAGGUAGCGAGCGGCGGCGGCGUCUGCAGACAGCCACAGCAGAUUGUUGCUGUUAUCAGAUUUAGCACGUUUCAUAUCUGCAUUCAGAUUCAAAAAAUUGCAAAUGGCUAUUGAGCCGUUCCUGAAUCAAUAUGUAAUUUGUUGGCUUGAAGAAGGCGUGUACACUUCAUAGCCUUUAGCUGUUUGGUACAUUGCGUUAUAUUGGGAGCAAUGUAAUGAACACCAUCUUUCAUUCUUACUGCAGUAUAGAUUGUCAUAUGCAAAGGAUUCCUCAGCACGAGGCCAGGCAGUAUUCAUGUACAGAAACUUUUUUUCUACGACACACUCUGCCAGAUGUUUACAUUUUUUAGAAUGUGGAAUGUUGGAAAUGCAUGUUAUGCUUACUUGAUAUUUGUACUGUGUGUGUUUUUUUUUUACUUUUUCUGUGUUGAAUUAAAACUGGAUGCAAGUUCCCAAAUAUCUCUGAGGGGAUUUAAUAGCAGGAGAGGAGGAGAGACAAUUUUUGAGGUACUUGUACUUGAGUAUUUCCAUUUUAUGCAACUUUAGACUUCUACUCCGCUACAGUUCAGAGGCAAAUAUUGAACU